AUGCUGAUAUGCGGCGACGAUGUCAUCGGAAGUCUGCUGUAUGCCAUCGAGACGACGGUGGUGGAAUGGAGCAAUCAAAUCAAUGAAAUUCUCGCACAGGACUCGGGUCAACCAGUUGCCGAGGGCCAGGCUCCAAUGCCGAUGUAUGAGUACGACUUUUGGAACCAACGAAUGACUUGCAUGCACGACAUUUAUGAUCAGCUCGUGCACCCAAAGGUGAAAAAGAUGGCAAGCAUUCUAGAAGAGCACCAGAGCGCAUAUGCUGCGCCCUUUAAGGAGAUGUUCAAGAAGGUCGUGAGAGCCGUGGUGGAGUCGGAGACAAUAGUUGCCUUUUUGACGCCCUUAAUCAACUACCUGGGUGAACUUGAAAACACACAAUUUGAUGAAGUCAAACCCAGUAUUCAACCUAUUGUCCAUAUACUUGCCCUUAUUUGGGUGAACUGUGAGUACUACCGGAAGACGGAGAGAAUGGUUAUAAUUAUAACUGAGAUUGGCAAUUUGCUGAUACAACAGGCCCGGCUUUUCCUUGACCCCUCGGAGUGCAUUAAAGAGGAGCCAGAGGAAGCUAUGAAGAAGUUGAACAAGUCAAUUGAAAUAUUCAAACAUUUCCGUAAGGUCGUGGAGGACUACAGAACCAAUGUUAAGGAGUCAUGCAACGAACAAAAUGUGGAACCUUCUGAAUGGGUCUUCCAUUCUUCGUGGGUCUUUGGACGCGUUGAUGCCUUUGUGGAACGGUUGGAAAUGAUCCGUGCCUAUUUCCUCACGAACAUCGAUUAUAAUCGACUGGAAAAGGUGGAAGCUCUGGGAGUGGUUGGGGCAGUUCUCUCUAGUCGUCUGGCUCAAAUCUAUGAGGAAUACCUUGAGGCCUACAAGAAAUUCACCGAUGCCUCCAUGGACUGCCUCUCCACAGACGACGAUACAUUCCUGAAUGCUCUGAAAGAGUACAACAAAACCAUUGAACAGUUUGAUCACCGGCUUUGCACAAUCAUACUCAAGUCCUUUAUGCACAGUGGAACAGUCUGUGGGAUGUUCAAGACCAUCUACAUGUACGGUCCACUCCUGGAACGACCUUUGAUUGCGCCGAGCUUUGAGCCAUGCUACAAGCAGCUAUUGGAGGGCCUUCAUGGAGAACUGGAUGAAUGCAAACUUGUCUUGGAUAGCCAUUUGGACGAUGAGACGCUAAUGAAGAAGGCCAUCUGCAAGUCAUUGCCCCCGUCGGCUGGUGCAAUGGUCUGGUGUCUGCAGAUACUCCGGCGAGCACAGGCAGCAAUGAAGCCACUGAAGCACGUGGACCACCCGUGA